UCCCUCCACCAAAGGUAGGGACAGGGGUCACCUUGAGCACCAAAUCCACUUGUAUUUUGAAUCUUCGCCGACCGCUGUCCUAAGUUUUCGAGUAAAAACCAGUGUAAAACAUUUGAAAAAUUAUUAUCGGUGGCCCAAAAUGACUGAGAAAAGCGGUGAAAAAUUCGUGGAACGCGGGGCCUACAAGGGCAAAGGCCUCGCCGUCUUCACCAGCGGUGGCGAUUCUCAGGGCAUGAAUGCAGCUGUAAGGGCUGUUGUUCGUAUGGGCAUAUAUCUGGGAUGUAAAGUGUAUUUCAUCAAGGAGGGAUAUCAAGGUAUGGUUGAUGGAGAGGGCUUCAUUGUUGAGGCAAAUUGGGCAUCUGUUAGUUCCAUUAUCCACUUGGGAGGCACAGUUAUUGGAUCUGCUCGUUGUCAAGAUUUCAGAGAGCGUCAGGGACGUUUACGCGCAGCUAAAAAUCUGGUGAAACGCGGCAUCACCAACUUGGUGGUAAUUGGUGGUGAUGGUAGUCUUACGGGUGCCGACCUCUUCAGACAAGAAUGGGGCUCUUUACUGGAUGAAUUGUUGUCGAAGAACGAAAUUACCACAGAAGAACGUCAGAAAUAUAAAACCCUGCAAAUUGCUGGCAUGGUGGGGUCAAUUGACAACGAUUUCUGCGGUACUGACAUGACCAUCGGUACAGAUAGUGCUCUUCAUCGUAUUAUAGAAGCUAUUGAUGCCAUUAUCAGUACAGCGUACUCCCAUCAACGCACAUUUAUUAUGGAAGUUAUGGGUCGCAACUGUGGGUACCUUGCGGUGGUAGCCGCCCUCACAUCCGAAGCCGACUACGUAUUUGUACCGGAAUGUCCCCCGCCCGAUAAUUGGCAAAAGCGCCUCUGCGAGAAACUUGAACAGGAACGUAAAGUUGGUCAACGGUUAAACAUCAUUAUCGUGUCCGAGGGAGCAAUUGAUCGUAAUGGUCAACCCAUCACUGCCGAGCAAAUUAAAAAGGUGAUCGUUGACAACUUGAAGCAAGACACCAGAGUGACUGUGCUGGGUCACGUCCAACGUGGUGGCAAUCCUUCCGCUUUUGAUCGUAUUCUGGGAUGCCGUAUGGGAGCUGAGGCUGUUAUGGCCUUGAUGGAAGCUGAUGAGAACACGGAACCGUGCGUCGUUACUUUGGAGGGAAACCAGGCGGUUAGGCUUCCACUUAUGGAAUGCGUCAAACGAACAAAGGCCGUUGCUGAGGCCAUGAGCAAGAAGCAAUGGGACGAAGCCGUAGACUUGCGUGGCAAAUCAUUCGAAAGGAAUCUGCUCACCUAUAAACUGUUGACUCGUUUGAAGCCACCAAAGGAUGCCAAAGGACAGGCGAAUCAGGUUUCCCAGGUAGAAGAGCGGCCCAAGGAGGGCUAUACGUUUGGUGUGGUACAUAUUGGAGCUCCCGCCUGCGGCAUGAACGCCGCCGUUCGUUCCUUUGUCAGGAACUGCAUCUACCGUGGUGACACCGUUAUGGGUAUUCACGACGGAUUGGAAGGUCUUCUGGCUGGCAACGUUCGUCCCCUCAAAUGGGGUGAUGUAACUGGUUGGGUAGCAGUGGGUGGAGCGUACCUUGGAACCAAGCGUACCUUGCCAGGCAAGCGCAUGAAUGAGGUGGCUGCCAAGCUCAAGGAGUACAACAUUCAAGGUUUACUUAUUAUUGGCGGUUUCGAAGCCUACCAAGCAGGUAUUGAAAUGGUAGAGGCGAGAAAUCAGUAUGACUCGUUGAAAAUCCCAAUCCUUAUUAUUCCCUCGACUAUCAGUAACAACAUACCCGGUACGGAAUUCUCGCUCGGCUGUGACACUGCCCUUAACGAGAUCACUGAAAUCUGUGACCGUAUUCGUCAAUCGGCUCAGGGAACCAAAAGACGUGUCUUUAUCAUCGAAACUAUGGGUGGCUAUUGCGGCUAUUUGGCUACAAUGGCAGGUUUGGCUGGAGGCGCAGACGCCGCCUACAUCUUUGAGGAGAAGUUCACCAUCAAAGACCUUCAACAAGAUGUGUACCACAUGGCGACCAAGAUGUCUGAGGGCGUGCAAAGAGGUCUCAUCCUUCGUAAUGAGAAGGCUAAUGAGAAUUACAGCACUGAUUUCAUCUAUCGUCUCUACUCAGAGGAGGGCAAAGGUUUGUUCAGCGCUAGACAGAAUGUGCUUGGACACAUGCAACAGGGAGGCGCUCCCACACCCUUCGAUCGUAACUUGGGGACCAAGAUGGCAUCCAAAGCUGUUGAGUGGAUGGUAUGCCAGAUGAAAAACAAUAAGGAUGAAGCUGGAAAUGUGCGCUGCGAGUCGCCCAAUACUGCCUGCCUUUUAGGCGUCCAAAAACGAAUGUAUACAAUGACUCCACUGUCGGUGCUUAAAGAGCAAACCAACUUCGAGCGGCGUAUCCCGAAGGACGAGUGGUGGCUAAAACUGAGACCGCUGCUGCGUAUUCUGGCUAAACAUGACUCCACUUAUCAGGAAGAAGGCAUGUACAUGACGAUAGAGGAAAGCACGGGCGAUUCCACUUUCUAAAAGCAAUGAUCGCGAUCAGUAUUGGCGAUAGAUUAAUUUUAGCUUGAGUAUAAAUUGCGUCAUUGUGUUAGGUCAAUUUAUUAAUUUUAUAGCCUUGUUUUAAUUAAUUUACGGGUUAUCAAAUUUAUUUAUUUUACAUAUCAAGUCUAAGUAGUCAAUUUCUAAAUUAUUAUUUUAUAGAAUUAAGUUUAAACAAACUGUAGGCAUUUUUAAUAGUACUAACCCAGUUGAUAAUUUCAACUUAUUAGUAAGAGAAUAUUAUUUUUUAAUCAAACACAAUGUACAGGAUAAUCUAUGUUCGUGAGAUAUUUUAAAAAUGCAUGUUGAUAUUAUAUUGUUUAAAAAUGUACUAAAAA